CCGUGUGUCAGCUUCAAACAUGGCUUCAAGAUUAGAAAUCAAUUUCAUCAGAUUAUUGUCCCGCUGUGAAUCUAUAGCGUCGGAAAAACGAGGAGAGACUGAAUGGAGGCUGGAGAAGUAUGUUGGUGCUCUGGAGGAGAUGCUGGUGGCUCUGAGGAAAAGCUUAAGCAAACCCACAGCAGAAAUACUGACUGAAUACACAAGAAAAGUAGAUUUUCUAAAAGGACUCCUUGAGGCAGAAAAACUGUCUUCACCAACAGAGAAAGCUUUAGCUAAUCAGUUCCUCGCUCCCGGACGAACACCCACAAUAGCCAAUGAGAGGAUGCCUGCCUCCAAAACUGUCCACAUGCAGACGAAGGCCCGGUGCACAGGAGAGAUGAGGGAUGAGCUGCUCGGCACGGGGUCGUCAGGCAAAGGCACGUCAGGAACAGACUUGCGAAACAGAAGAGGUCUCCCUCUGGAUGAGCGCCAGUCUGCUGCAGAGCUGGAGGCCGUCCUGCAGCACCACCACAACCUACAGGAAAAACUUGCCGACGACAUGCUCAACCUGGCCCGAAACCUGAAGAACAACACGCUGGCGGCGCAGAACAUCAUCAAACAGGACAACCAGACUCUGAGCCAGUCGAUGCGUCAGGCCGACAUGAACUUCGAGAAGCUGAAGACGGAGUCGGAGCGUCUGGAACAGCACACCAAGAAGUCCGUCAACUGGCUGCUGUGGCUGAUGCUCAUCCUGGUCUCCUUCACCUUCAUCAGCAUGAUCCUCUUCAUAAGAAUCUUCCCCAGGCUCCGAUGAUGACCGCCUACAAUCCCGAACUCUCCUGAUCCUACAUCCUUCCUGUGUUUACAGUAAUAGGCCUCAUAGAUCCACACAGCUCGUCUGUAUGUGUGAUACAGAUCAGUAGCGGUCAUAACCGAACAACACGGUUUGAUGAACUGAAACGUUUGCACUUUUGAAACAGAAAUUCUUCCUCUUAACAGGCUGAUGGAAGCUUAAAAUGUGGUGUGAAGCAUCAGUAUUCCUUUUUUUUAAACAGGACAAAACAUGAGUGGAGGCCAAGAGCUUGUUGGAGGGUUUUUGCGAGCAGCAGCAUAGUCUUAAUACCCGGACAGCAGGGACUGAGCCUUAAUUAUUUUAAUCCCUCAUCAGGGAGGUUAUGAGCCGUUCAAUACAUGUGUGUUCUCUCUCUCAUAGUCAAAAUCAUUGAACAUUUUUUCCGCCAUGCGUAGACCUAAAAGAGUUCACGAACCGUCCCACAUCGACUGUAUCUACAACACAGCUUCAACAGUAUAUUAAAUAAAUUCAAUAUAUAAAAAUUCUGACUUAUGAAAAGCUUUGAUGUGCUAAAACUUAAUAACAUUUUACUUUAACUGCCACUGUUUAGCAUUUAUAAGCACUAUUUAAGGCUGCGUUCACGUUAUAGGGCUUAAUGCUCAGUGCUGAUUAACGUAACAGCCUCGAUUCGAUUUUCUUACAUUCAUGUUUCUAGUGACCCAUAUCUGGCGUCAGUUUGAAUGGAUCUUAGCCCCAAAAUGCCUCAAAUGCAAUCAGUAACCUCAAAUGCGUGCUGGAACAACAACAU